AUAGUUAACAUAUAGUAUUACUAAAACGUUAAACAUGGGUGAUAUCAUUACCAAAACAAUAACGUCCUUACUAAAACGCUAACUGUUUUCAGGUUCCUAGGUCCUCGAAGUUAUUGUUUGAGGAUAAUGAGUAUGCUCUUUACACCGUCGUUCUCUUUACGCGUGUCGCAGAUAAUUUUCCAGGCAUGUGUUUUAUCUCCGGCUGUGGAAAGUGAAAAGAAAGUACGCUCCAUUUUUGAACACUUGUGUGAUUCGACUAACAGUUUAUACUGGAAAAGCGAGGAGGAUGGAGGAGCCAUGGCUGGUUUAGCCGGUGGCUCAGAGAUACAUCCUUAUGUCUCCUUCACUAUUAACCUUGCUUAAAAUUGAUGGAAGAUGCUCUUUUGAUGCUUCUCCUCGUCUCUGUCUUCAUCUGUUGUAUAUGCUUGUGCUCACAUUUAGUUUUCGUAAUAUAUUUUGAGUUUCGAAAUAAAGUGGCACUCGAGAGAAGAUGUUGGUGUAAUUUUAUUUGGCCGGAGUCUUUUAGAUUCCCGUGAGUUUCAGACACUUGUGGAAGACAAACACGGCUAUACAGUUGUUAAAAGCCUUUUUUGUCAUUUUGUGAA